UUGACAUUUGUUGACCGUCUUCGUAAAGUCAAUUCAAUUGUAUUGUAUUUUUUCAAAUAGAAAUGAGUGCGGACGAAUACAAUACGUUUGCGAUACUAUUAAUUUAAUAUUUUCUAAUUAAAUUAGUUUCAUAAAGGUCGGAGUGUUUAAGGAACCAUGGAAGAAAAAUAUAUUUUAACUUUAGACAUAGGCACCAGCACUAUUCGCUCUUUUAUUUAUAAUACUAGAGCUGAAAUAGUGGGAAGAGCGGUUGAUCAGGUGGUAUUACAUUAUCCACAUCCUGGUUUCGUUGAAAUAGACCCGGAUGAACUGUGGACCUCUGUGGUUGGUGUAGUAAAUAUAUCAUUAAAGGAUGCCCAAUUAACAGCGGGGCAGAUGACCGCUAUGGGUAUCACCACCCAAAGAGGUACAUUUAUAAACUGGUCUCGCAAAACUGGCAAACCAUUUCACAAGUUUAUUACAUGGAAAGAUUUACGAGCUGACAGAUUAGUCAAACAGUGGAAUGCUUCAUAUGUAUGGAAGUUAUUCAAAGCAAGUGCCUACAUAUUGUACCUUAUUCUAAGAAGCAAAAGGUUCAAAGCAGGAAGUGUGUUCAAAUUUAUGAAUACUCAGACAUGUUUACGACUAAACUGGGCGUUCCACAACAUAGCUGCCUUCAAGAAUGCCGUGCAAGAAGACGACGCUCUCUUCGGAACCUUAGACACGUGGCUAUUAUACAAAUUGACAGGUGGCAAGGUUCACAUGACGGACGUGUCGUCGGCAUCUGCCACUGGUUUUUACGACCCAUUCACCAUGCAGUGGGCUGGAUGGGCCAUGACCAUGCUGAAGAUACCCAGGGCAGCGCUGCCAGAAGUCGUCGAUACGGCAGGGGACCACUUCACUAGUACACUACCAUCUAUAUGGGGGCAUCCUAUCCGUAUUGUCAGUUGUAUGGCUGACCAAACAGCUUCAAUGUGGGGCUCUUGUUGCUUCGAAGUUGGUGAUGUGAAACUAACAAUGGGCACAGGGACAUUCUUCAAUAUCAACACGGGUACGGAACCACACGCAAGCGUGUCUGGACUGUACCCCAUUGUAGGCUGGAGGCUAGGAGAAGAACUCGUUUAUUCUGCAGAAGGGGCCAACAACGACACCGCUUCUAUCAUCAAGUGGGCGCAGAAUUUAGGGUUGUUCGAUAGUCCAGAAGACACAGCAGAUAUCGCCACCUCAGUAUUGGAUACAGAUGGGGUUUACUUCAUACCGGCGUUCAGCGGGCUAGGGCCCCCUUACAACGACGGGUCUGCAGCGUCGGGUUUCAUUGGCAUGAAGCCGUCGACUACGAAGGCUCACCUGGUGCGCGCCGUGCUGGAGUCGCUUGCCUUUAGAACUGCGCAGCUAUACAAUUGUGUGCUCAACGAAACUAAUUACUCCUUCCAUACUAUCAGGUUAGACGGCGGUGUCUCAAACAAUGAUUUCAUCGCUCAGUUAGUAGCGGACCUCACAGGACUGCGCGUUGAACGACCGGUCCACGUAGAGAUGUCUUCGCAGGGGUGUGCCCACAUAGUGGGAUACAAAUUAGGUAUAUGGAAGUCGAAAGACGAGCUGAGGAAGUUACGUAAAAUCGAGUGCGUGUUCACGCCGCGCACGUACAUGAAGAAGUCGUACGAGGUGACGUUCGCGCGGUGGCAGGACGCGGUGCGGCGCAUGUGUGGCUGGUACAGCGCCGAGGGCGGGCCGGCCGACUGCGCCGCGCCCCUCACGCCGCAGCCCAGCUUCAAGCUGCUCCCCGCGCGCAAGAAAAACGGCAGCAUAUCCAAAUAGCGGUGGCUUUACUGCCUCCUCGCCGCCUGCGCCGCGUGCCUCCCCCUCGCCAGGUGAUACCCACCCCCCAUAUACUUAUCCCAAGUGCUACGUUACCUCCUCUACAUAAUACAACACUUCCGACGCGUGUAACUCACCGCGUCCGACAUACUUGUCAAUAAAAAACUUUUUCGAUGUACAGUCAAACUGCACGUCGGUAAUAUCACUAAUCUUGAACUUAAACUUUAUUUCGUAAGCAAAAAGAUCGAGUUUUGUAAUUCGUGUGUAAUAUAAAGUGACAUUAAUCGUACUACUCAAAGUGGUAAUGUGGACUAUCGUUUUAGUGCCUGUUAAAAUAUUUAGAUACUGAAAUACUGUUAAGCUAUAUCAAAGAUUUAUAAUGGUUAAGGAGAUUAUUUAAUAUAAAAUAUUAUGUAAAUAGUACGCCAGAUGUUACGCUUUAUUGUAUGUAGUGGUGAUGUGCCCGGUGGGUUUCUGUGCAUUUGUUUCGAACGAGCGUAAACGCGCAUGUUCGCGCGUAUACGUGACCUCAACACAGGAAUCUAGCCCGGAGUCAAAAGCCCUUAGUAUAUUUGAAAUUGACGUAGGUGUAUCUAUAUGCAAUAUUCCCGCUCAAAGGUUGGUGAUUGGUGUUAAUAAAUGUAUGUUUGUAAAAAUAUGCCUUAUGAAUUAUUGUUUUGUUAUAAAACUCGCAAUCAAACACUCUUUUUUAUUGAAAUUCAUCUUUUGAAGUAUGAAUAUAAAAUUAUCAAUAUUGUUGCAUUAUACAUUAGUAGUAUUUGUUUUCAGAAUCUACUUUUAUUCGAAUACUCAGGAAUUUAUUAACGGAAUAAACUUGCGCAACUUUCAACGGCCAUUUUUGUUUAACAUUUGACAUUCUAUUUUUGAACAUGACAUUUAUGUUGACAUUAAAUAAAUAUUUAAAAAAGUGUCU